AAACGGCCGGAAUGGGACUAGCUGUAAACCAGCCGCCCAUAAUUAUAAACUUAAAACCCUCGGCCACCCCCAUAUCGAUCCGGCAAUAUUCAAUGAGCAAAGAGGCCAAAGAAGGCAUUUGGCCCCAUAUACAGAGACUAUUACAAUUGGGCAUUUUAAUACCUUGCCAGUUGCCCUGGAAUACUCCUCUAUUACCCGUAAAAAAACCCGGCACAGGAGAUUACCGGCCGGUACAAGAUUUACGAGAGGUUAACUGGAGGCCAGAGGUGGCUGACGGAGAGCUGCAAAAAGGCUGUAGCCCUGAUCCCAGCACCCACUAAUGCCAAAGGACUACGAGAGUUCCUCGGCAGUGCUGGGUUCUGCCGCCUCUGGAUACCCGGGUUUGCGGAGAUGGCGGCUCCCCUAUAUCCUCUCACGAAAUCCAACACCCCCUACCACUGGGGAAAGGAGCAGCAAUUGGCUUUUGACAAAAUAAAAAGGGCCUUAUUGACUGCCCCUGCCCUGAGCCUCCCAGAUGUAACCAAGCCUUUUACGCUAUAUGUUGAUGAACAUAAUGGAAUAGCCAAAGGGGUCCUAACUCAAAAACUGGGACCCUGGAAAAGGCCCGUGGCAUACUUUUCAAAAAAAAUUAGACAGCGUGGCUGCAGGAUGGCCCCCAUGUCUCCGGAUAAUAGCGGCUAUGGCAGUCCUGGUAAAAGACUCAGACAAGUUGACUUUUGGCCAACCCCUCACUGUGGUGGCCCCCCACGCCGUAGAGACAGUCAUCCGCCAGCCCCCUGAUCGAUGGCUCUCAAACGCCCGGGUCACCCAUUAUCAGGCCAUGUUACUGAAUUCUGAGCAGAUACAGUUUGGAACGGCUACAUCUCUAAACCCGGCCACCUUGCUUCCAGAAACCGAGUCCCCCUCCCUAGUAAUGCAUGAUUGCCACCAGAUCCUAGCUGAAGUCCAUGGCACCAGAGGGGACUUGACGGACCAGCCUUUGCCAGAUGCUGAAGCAACCUGGUACACCGAUGGGAGUAGCUUUCUACGAAAUGGCUGGACAGAAGCUUUCCCCACCAAGCGAGAAACCGCCCAGGUGGUUGUCAAGAAAAUCCUGGAAGAAAUUUUCCCCCGGUUUGGACUGCCCAAGGUAAUAGGGUCGGACAACAGCCCCGCCUUCGUCUCCCAGGACAGGCUAAAGGCGCUCCAGAUUAUCCAGCACCAGAUCUGGAAACCCCUUGCGGCUGUCUACCGCCCCGGAGACACACCGGCCCACACCCGUUCCAGAUCGGGGACUCCGCCUACGUCAGGAGACAUCAGUCCAGGACGCUUGAGCCCCGCUGGAAGGGCCCAUAUACUGUACUACUGACCACCCCAACCGCCUUAAAGGUAGACGGCAUUGCUGCUUGGGUCCACGCCUCACACGUCCAGCGCGCCCCAUCAACGAGCACCGCUGACGCCAGCCAGGACGGACCGGACGAGCCACUCCAGUGGAAGCUCCACCGCACCCAAAACCCGCUCAAGAUAAGACUUUCAUAAAUUGUUCAAUGACAGUUGUUAUAUUCCUACCUCUCCUAGCGCUCUUCACCUCCGCCAAAGGUGACCCUCAUGCCCUCAAAAGGUUAACCUGGCAGGUACUAACGUCUGGGGGUGACGACGUCUGGUCUAUAACUAAGACCGCCCCCGUGGGAACCUGGUGGCCUGACCUAUAUCCUGACCUUUGCAAGCUAACCAUAGGGGCCCCUAGCCCAUGGGACCUAGAGGGAUACUUCGACACCUCUAGAGCCCCUAACCAAGAAAGCCCUCCAGGGCGACUGGGAUUAGACCCAUGGGGAGGCUGUGGCACGCCUGAUAGAAGGGCCAUGCUAAGCACUCUUCCCUUUUAUGUCUGUCCCGGGCACCACAGAGAUCGCAGGCUAAAUCCCACCUGUGGAGGAGGGGAAUAUUUUUAUUGUAAAAAUUGGGGGUGCGAAACUACGGGGGAUACAGAAUGAAGGCCCUCCUCCUCCUGGGAUUAUAUCACUGUCAAGGCUAACUAUACUCACCCGACAUUUAGCAAAUGGAAAACCCUUAAUUAUGGGCCCU